AUGAUCAUGCUUAGGCCGGACGUGCUGCCGCCCGCGGUGAUGGCUGAGCUGGCGCGGGUCCAGGACAAGAUCGCGCCCUUCAGCACUGAGGAGGCGCGCGCCAUGGUGGAGAAGGACCUGGGCCGGCCCAUCGACGAGGUUUUCAGCGAAUUCGGAGAUGAGCCCGUCGGCGCCGCGUCGCUGGCGCAGGUGUAUCGUGCACGUGUGCGGGCGACUGGGCAGGAGGUGGCCGUCAAGGUGCAGCGGCCCGGGGCGCUCUCAACCAUCAGCAAGGACCUGUACGUCAUGCGCCGCGCCGUGGGCGUGUACGAGCGGAUCGUCAAGCGGUUCACCGCGCAGACCACCGACUACCAGCAGCUGCUGUCCACCUUUGCGGAGGGCCUCUACACAGAGCUCGACUUCCGCAACGAGGCCCUCAACGCCUCGCGCAUGAGGGAGCUCCUCGACGCCAGCGACUCGGGGGCCGGCGCGCGCGUCGUCAUCCCCGCGCCCCUCCUGGAGCUGACCACCAGGUGA